GCAGCUGUGAGUGUGAAGCCCCUGAUGAUGAAUAAUGGAUGAUGGGUGGUCUUAGCUCAGGAAUCCUGACUGUCAUUGGGCUGACUUCUCCCUUCGCUGGGUGCUCAAUGAGGAUGCAGCAGAUCCACUCCCUGCAGGAAAGCGAGCCAAGCUGGCAGCCCAGCUCUGCCACACAUGUACCAAGACUUCACUGACCCCAGGGGGCGACCCCAUCAAUGACAGACAGCCAAUUCCACCGCACCAGGGGGCUUCACCUUGACCUUCCUUUCUUCUCCACACCGGCCAUGGGCAAGGUGCUGCAGCAGUGACCUGUAAUAUCCUGUCUGCUAAAUCCCUUCCUACCUCCAAGUGAGCAGACGCUCCGAUCACAGCCAGGGAUAAAGAUACUGACUGCUCUGCUGCACACUGCGACUGACCGAGAAGACCCCGCACUUUCUACACCCCUCCAACCAUCUCUGAGGCUGAUGUGGUUCUAAUACAAAUGGCUCCCAAACUUUUCAUUCUUCUGCUGCUUUGUGGAAGUACUGGCUCUGAAAAGCCCCUUUCUUAUAACAGCGCCCCGAAGCCUCUGGAUUUUGGAUAUGUACCCACUGGAACAUAUGAUACCAGUGCCUAUGAUGAGCCCGGGGCUAUAGGCUUACUGUUUCACAUAGUCCAAGGAUUCCUGUAUAUUGUACAGCCAAAUGCGUUCCCUCAAGAUUUAGUGAAGCGAAUAGCAGUACAGAAGUUUGGCUCGUCACGCAGUGACUAUCAAAAGCCGGAGAAUGUUGUCAUAGCUUUGCAGACAAUACAAUAUGGGAUUGGCUUCAUCGUGGCAGCAGCCCUCGGUGUCCUGUUUUUCCUGCUCAUGCCUAUGGUGGGGCUGUGCUUCUGCAUGUGUCGCUGUUGUGAGAACUGUGGCGGUGAGAUGCACCAGAGACAGAAGAAGAACGCAGACUGUCAGAGAGGCUGCUUUGCCACCUUCCUGUUUGUGACAUCUCUGCUAAUCAGUCUGGGAGUGCUAUGUGCUUUUGCGGCAAAUCAGAAUCUCACUAGUCAGAUUCGAGGAUCAAGGACAUUGGUGCAAAGCAACUUCAAGGAUUUGAAAACCUUGCUGACAGACACCCCAGUGCAAAUUGACUAUUUAUUGACCAAGUUCAACUCCACCAAGGAAAAAGCCCUAUCAGAGCUCAAUAAUGUCGGGCCAUUACUGGGUGAACGUGUUCAUGAACAUCUCGGGAAAGAAGUACGCCCAGCUUUUGAUUCAGUUCUUAACAUGGCAGGAGCAAUCAAGGAGACUAAAGAAGCUUUGGAGAAGGUCAGUGUGUCAGUGGAAGUGCUCCAGGAAGUAAUGAACAGGCUAAAUGCAAACCUUACAGAUGCUAAGAUACAGCUGGACAGCACACUGAGUGACCCAGCAUGUUUCACUGACGUCGCUAUAAUUCCUUGCAACAAAAUCAAGAAUUCCCUCUCAAAGCUGCAAGUCAAUGCAAAUUUCAGUGCGUUACCAGAUGUAAGCAUCCAUCUUGGAAAAUUAAACCAUGUUCUCAAAACUGACCUCAGCAUUUUGGUGCAAAAGGGAUAUGCUGCAUUCAAUAGCACUCCGGAAAUGGUACAGAAUCAAACCAGACAGAUUGAGGAAGCUAUUCCUUUUGUGAAGAACAUCUUGGAUUCCAUUGGAGUAAAUAUCACUAACUUUUCAAAAAUGAUCCCAAUUCUUCAAGUCAUGUCCAACUUGACAUCAUAUCUAGCGCAGAGUGAGAUGUUUAUUCGGAACUACUACCCUGUGGUUGAACAGUACGACUUUUACAGGUGGUUGGGCUCCCUCGUUCUCUGCUGUAUGGUCACACUCAUUGUAGUCUUCUAUUUCCUUGGUCUGCUAUGUGGUUCUUGCGGUUAUGACCAGCAUUCAUCUCCGACUACUAGAGGCUGCAUCUCCAAUACCGGGGGAACCUUCCUUAUGGCUGGUGUUGUAUUCAGCUUCAUCUUCUCCUGGGUCCUUAUGCUCAUUGUAACCAUCACAUUCCUGGCUGGCGGAAAUGUUGAAAAGCUGGUAUGUGAACCAUUCCAAGACAAGACUUUGUUUAAGGUUCUGGAUACUCCUUAUCUGCUGAACUCACAGUGGAAAAAUUACUUGUCUGGAGUCCUCUACCAAAAUGCCAAUAUCAAUCUUACGUUUGAAAAAGUGUACAGUGACUGCAAGGACAACAAAGGCAUUUUUACUGCACUUCAGUUUGAUAACCUUUUUAAUCUCAAUGAAUUCCUCAACAUCAGCAUGUAUGUAGAUGAAAUAUCAGAACGGAUUGACGCAAUGAACAUUAAUCUGAACAGCAUUGUGUUGCUUGAUGAUAAAGGAAAACAGAACUUAAUGGAAUUCAGUUCCACCGGAAUUGAUGGCAUAGAUUUUGAUGCAUUUCUGAUAGAAGUGGGAAAAAGCAGUACAAAAGCUGAUCUCUUGGCAUUUGCCAAUGAUUUGGAAGCAGAUGCUGACAUGUUGCCAAAAGGAGCGUUAGGAAAUGCUUUAAAAGGACACGCUAAUAGUAUACGGAUGAUACAUAUUCAGCAGAUUGUACCGAUGGAGCAAACAAUGAAAUAUGUUAAAGCUAGGAGUUCUUUGACUCAAAGCAUUAAGCUGUUAGAGAGGACAUCAUUUGAUAUUGAGGGAAAGGUACUUGAUGUCAUCUCAUCCAUUGAUGCAGCUCAAAACCUGAUCAACAAUAAUGCAUCUACAAUUAUAAAACAGGAAUCUAAAAAGUUUAUGGACACCGUCAUCAGCUAUUUUAUACAGUAUGUGCAGUGGGUGAAAGAUUCUAUAGCCUUGGACGUUGCUGGAUGUAAACCCAUAGCCAAUGCUAUAGACACCGCCGUGGAUGUGUUUUUAUGCAGCUACAUUAUUAAUUCAGUGAACUCAUUCUGGUUUGGUUUGGGAGGAUCUACAAUAUUUUUAAUUCCUGCCAUCAUUUUUGCUGUCAAGUUAGCAAAGUUCUAUCGCAGAAUGGACACAGAAGAUGUUUAUGAUGAUGUUGAAACUGUCCCCAUGAAAAAUCUGGAAAAUGGUAAUAAUGGUUAUCAUAAUGAGUAUUUGUAUGGUAUACGCAAUCCUAUUAUGACAAGUGCUGUUGAACAGUGGUAGAAGGCAGUGAAGAUGACAGUGUGGUUUUAUUCUGUGUGAAGACAAUACAACCAUUCUGUGCAGAAUGUCUAACGUCUGCAAUACAGAUACCAGGAUCCUGUCUAAAAGACGUUGCCGAGGAGGAUUCAAACAUUCCUUUCAAUAACUAUUUACAUGGGCCGUAGGAAUAAAGUUCACCGCCUGCAACAAUACUUUUAUUUGUUUUGAACACACAAACCCUUCACUGCCAAGAAGUAAUGCUAUGCAUAGCGCAACAGUGAAGUUAUUAACAAGUGUUUACACUAGUGCUAAUUUUUGUAUCAAGAACUUUUUGUAUUUAUACUCACUAUUUAUUAUGGUAUAUUAGUUUUACAUAUUCUGUGUAAAAGAACAUAAAAGGGG